GUUUUUCAUUUCCUGAUGAAAGAAAAAAUAACCGAAAAAUAAACACGCGGUUAUAACAACUUAAUUAUUGUCAAAUUAUCAAUUAAAACAACAACAACAAAAAAAAUGUCCACAUCAUCGACUAGUCAGGCUAAUGUUAGUGCUAUUCGUACAUUGGCAUUAGAAUUCAAAAGUUUACAAGAAGAACCAGUUGAAGGAUUUCGUGUUAAAUUAUUAAAUGAAGAUAAUCUAUUUGAAUGGGAAGUGGCCAUAUUUGGACCACCUGAAACACUUUAUCAAGGUGGUUAUUUUAAAGCACGUGUUGUAUUUCCAUCCGAUUAUCCAUAUAAUCCACCAUCAUUAAAAUUUUUAACCAAAGUUUGGCAUCCUAAUGUAUAUGAAAAUGGUGAUCUCUGCAUUUCGAUAUUACAUCCACCGGUUGAUGAUCCACAAAGUGGUGAAUUACCAUGUGAACGAUGGAAUCCAACACAGAAUAUUAGGACAAUAUUGUUGAGUGUAAUAUCAUUGUUGAAUGAACCAAAUACAUCAUCACCGGCAAAUGUUGAUGCAUCAGUAAUGUAUCGUAAAUGGAAAGAUUCAAAGGGUAAAGAUAAAGAAUAUGAAAAUAUAAUCAAAAAACAAGUUGCCGCAAGUAAAUUGGAAGCCGAAAAAGAUGAUGUUAUUGUGCCUACAACAUUGGAAGAAUAUUGUAUUAAACAUAAACAUAAACCAGAUUUAGAUAUGGAUUUAGCCGAUUAUUAUGUUGAUGAAGAUUAUGAUGAUGAUGAUGAUGAUGAUGAUGAUAAUUAUGAUGUUGAUGAUGAAGAAUAUUGUGAUGAAGAAAAAGAUGAUGAUGAUAGUGGUAAUGGAGAAUCUUAAACAAAGUUUCAAAUGAACAUGAUCAUCUCAAAAAAACUGAUUUGGAAAAAGAUGAUUAUAU